AUGGAAUACGUGAAUUCAAGUUCAUCGAGUUGUGUAGCUUAUUCUCCUUCUCGUGAAAAUUGUUUUACGUCUACAAAUAAUUAUUCUCAUAAAGAGGAAAAAAGUAAUUCUCAAGAAAAAGAAAUAAUAUAUUAUGAGCCUUCGUAUUUUGAGUCGGACGAUAUUCUGACAGUUGAAAUGGAACCUGUUACGCCCUCCCCGUCACCGUCACCCCCUCUUUCACGCCAUCAAUCGCGUUCACCUUUACAUCGUCAUUCGCGAUCACCUUUAAGCCGGUCACAAUCUCCGCUUCAUAAAUUACCUUCAGCAUCAUUUUUAACCUCACGCCCACCUUCUCCACCACCUACAUUGAAGAGACCAAUUAGUAUUGAUCCUUUCGAACAGAUGAUUUAUGACGAAUUUGAAAUCGCAUCCAAAAAAUUAAAAGUAGAACAAUUCCAUGUAAAAUAUAAGGAAUUAAAGUCACAAGAUUUAGAUUCCAGAAUUAAUGCAUUGCAUGAAUAUUUAAAAUAUCUCACAGUUUUGGAUGACUUUAAAAAAUUAAAAUUAUUUAAUCGGCUAAGAAAAAUAUUUUGUAAUGAAGUUGAAGAUGAAGACGUUAGGAUCCUCGCCAUCGCGCUCAUGGAAGAAUUAGCACUCUAUAAUAACAAUGAUUGUGUCAGAAUACUCAAAGAUUUUAGCUUUUUAUCAACAUUAAUUCCAAUAUGUUAUAAAAUUGAACAAGAAAAAAUAAAAGAUUUUGAGAUAUAUAAAGAUGUAAUAACAGAGAUGAAGAUCUUGGAUUGGCAAUACACGAUUAGUGUAUAUUGCAGUGAUCCAGACGCGAGAAUACGGAGUGCUACACUUAAGGCGUUUCUUCAACUUCACCGAAGUGGUUGCGAAAUUGACAGAAAAUUAUACCCACUAUGUGUAUUGCGUUUAUCUGAUGUAUACGAAGAAGUGCGCUAUGAUGCAUUAAACUUAAUAUGGUUAGAAAUUGUUAUAAAUCCAUUUGCCAGACCAUCAGAUUAUCUUGGUUACGUGUUAGAUGACGGUAAACCGCCGCAAACAGAGCGUUUACUUGAUGACGCGUUCAUUAAAAUUUGUGAGAUGGUUUACGAUAUAUCGGUGAGAGUACGUAGUAAGGCUUGUAUCAUGCUAGGAAGUUAUCGUAAAAUUCGAGAAGAUAUAUUAUUAGGAACGCUAACUCGAUUCAUACCAACUCCCGAAGGUGAUUUAGAUUUAGUAGAAGAACAGCGUUUAGUAAAAUCCGGUUCUUGCGGUGCAUUUAUACAUGGUUUGGAAGAUUCAAAUAAGGAUGUUCGAAAUGCAGCAGUCGCGAUGUUCCAAGAUGAAAUCGAUUCCGUUCGAUUAAACUCAAUUAAUAGUUUACAUAAAAUUGGCAGUAAAUAUCCAAUCGAAUUGGAUUAUGAACAAGCUCAUAUCUCUUUCGGCGUUCUACACGAUACGAAUAACAAGGUCCGGGAAUCAAUUCAUGCUAUGUUAAGCGUGACCAAGUUUAAGUCAGAAGAAUCCAUACCAAAAUUUGUCUAUUCCAUGAUUGAGAGCAUGAGAAGAUAUCCUGAAGAUCAAAGAUCAAUAUAUCGAUGUUUCAAAUCCGUGGGGUCCGCACACGGAAACUUUAUAGAUUCUUCAGGAUGGAGUCCAGUUAUAUCUCGAGGGAAAUCAGGCAAAAUGAUCCCUCUCAAUUCGGGGGGAUCCCAAAAACAAAAGGUCAAAAUCGAUCAUUUAGCUACCAAAAACUAUGCUAUAACGUUAAUGGAACGUACUUUAGAAUUUGUACAUUCGCUGGCUGGACUUUUUAGAUUGCGAGAUUAUUUAUAUGUGCACCAAUUAACAAAAUCUUGUAAAAGGAACAUCAAAUAUAUUUCGAAUGUACCAUCUAUAACCGGAACAGCGAAAUUUUGCCUCGAUUAUUUCAAAUGCCUAAAGCUUUUAAUCAAGGUUAGGCAACAAUUUUUUGAUGUAAAACCAGAUUUAGGUUCAAGAAUAAUGCGACUUUCAUAUAAAAUGGAAUACGGAUAUCUUGGCCUCGAUUCAUCUAUUCUGGGGUUUAUUGCACAAUUAAGAAUUAUUGCCCACAUAAUUUGGUGGUAUGCUACUCUAGAUCAUGUCACUAUUAAAAAUUACAGAAAUAACACGACACAUAAACGUGAUAUAGUGAUCGGAACUUUCAGUAAACGACUAGAUGAUUUACAAAGAAAAUAUGAGGGGCAUGAGUUUGAGUUCGAGAUUCCCGACAUAUCAAUAAGCAAAAAUAUUAAGGCUUCACAGGCGAUCAUUACACAUCCGACCCCAAAUACGGAAGAUCAACCCGUCGAUUGGCCGGCCCAAUUUCCACUUCCGCUAAAUAUCGAGGCAACAAUCCAAAAUGUCGAGGAUCCGAAUACAAUAGCAAUCCAUGUGCUAUAUCCCACGACAUUGACUCAACAUUUUAAUGCGACAUCUGGGUUGAUAUCAACUCAGUAUAAUAAUUAUCAAUUAAAGACACAAAUAGAUAUUUCUCAGUCACCGUGGACAAAUCACGCGCCAAUGAAAAUCAAAAUAAUACGCGAAUAUCCGAUGGAUCUUCCCGAAGUAGAUAGCUUCUUAAUGGAAUACCAAUGGCGAAGUUAUACAGCGGAUUAUACAUUGAGCGUUUCCGAGCCUAAAAUGUGUGGAGUUUUCGCUGUUUACAACUAUAACGACGAUAUCAAGGCUUUUCGCCGACGCGCUUUGUUACUUUCUAAAAAGUUGAGGCAUCGAGGUCCAGAUUGGAGUGGUUGUAUCAGUAAAGGCAAUCACAUUCUUUGUCAUGAGCGAUUAGCUAUUGUUGGGGUUGCUCAACCUCUUACCAAUGAAGAUGAAUCAAUAAUUCUUUCAGUCAAUGGUGAAAUCUAUAAUCACAAAAUUUUAAGAGAGACUCUUAAAGGAAAUUAUAAUUUCAAAACUCACUCAGAUUGUGAAGUUAUUCUUCCCUUGUAUUCUGCUAUUGGAAAAGAAGUCGUGAAAAAACUUGAUGGAAUGUUUUCGUUUAUUCUCCUUGAUACAGUCAAAAACAGACUUAUUGUGGCACGGGAUCCAAUUGGAAUUACCACUCUUUAUCAAGGAUGGUCAUCAUCAUCUCCAGGAACUCUCUAUUUUGCUUCAGAAUUGAAAGCACUUAAUGAAGAAUGUGAUAAAAUUGUUUCAUUUCCACCAGGUCAUGUAUUUGACUCCGAAACUGGAGAAACCGCAAGAUAUUAUGAACCUAAAUGGUGGAAUGAAAAUUUUAUACCAAACACACCUAUCGAUUACAAACUAUUAAGAGAAACUUUGGAGGAAGCAGUUCGUAAGAGAUUAAUGAGUGAUGUACCAUACGGGGUUUUAUUAAGCGGCGGGUUGGAUUCAAGUCUGAUUGCAUCUAUUGCAUCAAGAGAAACUAGAAAAUUGUUAGAAGAAACACUUGAUACGAAUGCUAAUAUUAAUGGGGAGUUAGACGAACAGGGAAAUGUUCUACAUUCAUUCUCAGUUGGGUUGGUCGGUUCACCGGAUUUAAAAGCAGCACGUAAAGUUGCUGAUUUUCUUAAAACUAUUCAUCAUGAAUAUACCUUUACAAUUCAAGAAGGUCUCGAUGCUGUUCACGAUAUAAUAUAUCACCUAGAAACCUAUGACGUGACAACCAUUAGAGCUAGUACUCCAAUGUACUUAUUAUCAAGGAAAAUUAAGGCUAUGGGUGUUAAAAUGGUAUUGAGUGGUGAAGGAAGUGAUGAAAUUCUUGGAGGUUAUUUAUAUUUUCAUGCUGCUCCUUCUGCUACGGAUUUCCACAAAGAGACGGUUUCACGUGUAAAGCAUCUUCAUACUUCAGAUUGUUUACGUGCCAAUAAAUCAACAAUGGCUUGGGGUUUGGAGGCUAGAGUUCCAUUUUUAGAUAGUGCCUUCCUUGAUGUAGCCAUGAUGAUUGAUCCAAAUGAAAAGGUGUUCAGAAAGGGAAGAAUGGAAAAGUAUAUUCUUCGUAAAGCUUUUGAUGUCUCAACUAUCGAAAAUCCAGAUGAACCAUAUCUUCCCGAUUCUAUCCUUUGGCGUCAAAAGGAACAAUUUUCUGACGGUGUUGGAUAUGAAUGGAUCGACUCUCUUAAAAAAUCUGCAGAAUAUCAUGUUACUGAUGAACUAAUGGCUAAUGCCUCACAACGUUGGCCAAAGGAUACUCCUAGUACUAAAGAAGCUUAUUGGUAUAGGGAACAAUUUGAAAGUUUGUUCCCGCAAGAAGCUUCUUCAGAAAGUGUUGAGUUAUGGAUCCCAAAAAAGGAUUGGGGUUGUCCCGAAGAUCCAUCUGGUAGAGCUCAAGCUGUUCAUAAUGCUGCAUACAUAAGAAAUGGUCAAAAUGGUCAAAAUGGUCAUAAUGGUCAUCUUUAA